AUGUUUGUUCGAACACAGCGCCUUCGCAGGGAGCACCGUUUUAACGCGGAUACGAAAAGUAUUGAUGCCGCAAAUUGUGCAGCCUUCUCGCUCCAUUCAUAUAUCAGCACUACACCCCAGAGUAGAGGAUGCCCAGGUGGUUCAAGCAAUCAUCGGGAACACAAAAGCCAACUUCGAUUUGCAAGCGAUAUCAUCGAAACUGAAACGAGCAGUAUUUCUGGCGUAUUAAGAACCUUACCCAUGGGAAAACCAGAAUAUAUUAUGAACAUGGAGGAUGAGAAGCCCAUGCACCAAUGCGGUGACUUCCAUUUGUGUCAAUUUUUACCCCCAGAUGCAUCUCUCUUCAUCAGGAAAUGGGCUUUGAGAUCCGAGUUUCUAUCAACUGAUAUCAAUUCAAACAUUCAUAAAAUGGAACCCCGGAUUCAAAAUUCCCAUACUUCAAUUUUGACCAUUGUGUCCCGCCGACCAUCAUGCCAAUCUCUCUUCCUCUUGAUUUUCGCACUCCUCAACAUCAGCUCUUCACUUCUCAUGAGCGCAGCCUUCAUCUGUCUGAAUUAUAGCAGAAAUCUAGAGACACCCAGCUCCACUAUGUCCAGAAUCACGACUUCCAUUCUGAACUUCUUAGAUCUUCAAUUCACGUCUUCACAUGAUGUCAUUCUAUUCUGCAGCUUCAUCCUCGCAACAGGUGUUUUCACUCUCACAAUAUUUUUAUGGAUGUCACAUGGGCCCGACUCUUCAUGUCCGUCGUGGCUUUUGCUAAUUCAAGCGUAUGGCUAUUGGAUAGGUUUUAAUCCUGUGGAGUUGGUGCUAUGUAUCUUCCCCUUGAGUGUUAGCGUUUGGAUGAUGCUCAAUUGGGCAGUGGAAUUUCUCCAGAACCGAAGAAACGGACAAUAUCUUCAACAGGUAGAGGUUAACGAUAAUGCGGUGUAUUUGGUUUGA